UGGGACAGGUGUCUGGCGCCCAACAUGCCGCGGCGACUCUGGCUCCUCCUAGCCGCGCAGUUCGCAGCACUCCAUGGUGGCUUGGUGCUCCAUCAGGUCUCUGGGUCCCUAGUGUAUCAGACUGGUCGAACAGUGACACUGACCUGUGAAGUCAAAGGUUCCUCCAGUAACACCCCCAUCCACUGGCUGAGACAGCACCAUGCCCAGAGUGAAAAGCGUCAUUACGAGUUCCUGGUCACCUGGGACCCAAAAAAAAAAACUGUAUAUGGCGAGAAGGCGGAGAAGGAGAGGCUGAGUGUAUCUGGUGGUGGGAAAUCUCCCACUCUCAAUAUCACAAAAGCAAAACCUGCUGACAGUGGCACCUACUUCUGCAUGACUAUCGGGAACCCCGAACUGACCUUUGGGAAGGAAAUUCAGCUGACUGUGGUUGACAUUCUCCCCACCACUGCCCGGCCCACCCAGAAGUCCACAACCAAGAAGAAGCCAUGCAAGUUCCCAAACUCAAGGAGGCAGAAAGACCUGUCCUGUGGCUUCGUCACCCUUGGCCUGCUGCUGGCCGGUGUCCUGGUCCUGCUGGUGUCCUUGGGAGUGGCCAUCCACCAGCACUGUCAAAGAAGGAAAGCCCGGCUUCGUUUCAUAAAACAGUUUUAUAAAUGAGCAAAGAAUGUGUUUUUGGUGUCCUGCUACAAAAAUGCAUUGGCCAGUGUAAUGAAUGUGAUCUGGAAAAAUGAGAGAAGAGGUAUAUUCAACCUGGGAAUUCCACUGACCUGCUGAAACUGCCUGCUUUUAACUACUGCACAGUUCGUACUGUAGGCCUUCUGCAUGAGAGGAACCUUUUAUUUUUAGUUGGUCACCCGGAAUCUCAGAGAAGAAAGUUUCAGAACCUCAGAGCACUUCCUGCAAGAAAUACUGCCCGUGACGCCACUGCUGGCUCCUGUACUCACCCCAAACCAUGCAGGGGCUCUGGGUGGCUGUCCAGCCCCCAUCUUGCAAGUUGGAUGGUGUCACUGAGUCCUGAGCCCCUCAAGGGAUGGUGGCCUCCCGGCCCUCUUCCCAGAACGGGGCCAGUGCUCACCAAGAGCCCCGCGGCCACCCAAGCUUGGAGUCAGCCUUCUGAAGAGGGGUUCACCCAGCUCCCACAGUCAUUUCAGUCUGUGAGCACCUCCUGCAGGACCCAGAGCCAGUGGUUCUGAGGAUGAGAGGCUACUUCAUUUCCCAUUAGGAUUCUGGGCUUCAAGUCUGCCUUCCCUUGGCUUGUA